GCUGCUGACGGAACGCGUGGAUUUUCGGAACCGAGAAAGCAAAAGCAUCACCGUCAUGUCCUACACAGCUAGAAUCGGACCUUCUAUUCUGAACAGCAAUCUGGCAUGUCUGGGCUCAGAAUGCAUACGAAUGCUGGACUGUGGCGCCGAUUAUCUCCACUUGGAUGUGAUGGACGGGCACUUCGUACCCAACAUUACCUUUGGUCACCCUGUGGUGGAGUGUCUUCGGAAGCAGCUGGGGCAGGGCCCUUUCUUUGACAUGCAUAUGAUGGUUUCCAGUCCAGAGCAGUGGGUGAAGCCAAUGGCAGCAGCAGGAGCCAAUCAGUACACCUUCCACCUGGAGGCCACUAUCAAUGCCGGGGCUUUAAUCAAAAACAUCCGGGAGAAUGGCAUGAAGGUUGGCUUGGCUAUCAAACCUGGCACCACAGUGGAGGAACUGGGUCCCUGGGCAGGGCAGAUCGACAUGGCCCUGGUGAUGACAGUGGAGCCUGGCUUCGGGGGGCAGAAAUUCAUGGAAGACAUGAUGCCGAAGGUGAACUGGCUGAGAACACAGUUCCCUUCCCUGGAUAUAGAGGUAGAUGGAGGAGUGGGGCCUGACACUAUUCAUAAAUGUGCUGAGGCUGGAGCGAACAUGAUUGUGUCGGGCAGCGCCGUCAUGAAGAGCGACGACCCCAGGUCAGUCAUCAACCUGCUGAGGAACGUCUGUAUGGAGGCCAUUCAGAAGCGAUCGCUGGACCGCUGAAGGGACACGCGGCUCUGGGGGGCCUGUCCGCUUGCUGGGACUGUCGCUGAACCUGUAGGCCUUUCAGGGGGUGAAGAGUUUCACCAACUGGCAGACCAAAAUGACAAGGUUUUUUAAGCAAACGCCCCUAUUGACAGCUGUUUACCUCAUCAGGUAUCCACCCAUUAUGAUUACAUCACAAGUUAAACUGCUGUUUUUUCAAAUGGAGCAUGAUCUUACAUGGGUUGAGCUCAGUUUUUUUUUUAACGAACAGAAAUGCGUUAAGGACUAAACACUGGUUAUUUUUAUACACAAUACAGAGGUCUGUAAUAAGCUCAGAAAAGGGACCGAGUCACUUCUGAACUUGUGUUUUAUUGAGUUUAACUAUAGGGCUGUCGGCUUGAUUGAAGGGAGAGCGACAUGCUAGCCUAAUAAGAUUCACUAUUGUUACUGUGUCUUCAGGCACUUCCCACUUCCGCAGUGAUACCAACCUCCAGUUGCUACAGAAUUGUCUGUUUUCCAUGCUGUCCCAUCUCCUACCUCAGUUUUAUCUGUGUACUGCUUCUUAAAAGAUGUCAGUCCACGAAAUGGCAAGCUGCACCUUACAGAACUGCGCCUGUGUGGAGCUGUUCUGACGCAGCGAUGCAGAAAGAGCACGCUGUUACAGUAGAAAUGCAUUCCACAUUGUAUGCUAAAAACAGUAAAACAGUUUAACAACCCAUUCGGAUCCAUUCCUGUUUUUAGGUUCCUCUUAAAGCUAAUUCCUCUAAAAUAAAGUGUAGGUUUUUAUUGCCAACAUCUAGUUUAAAAUGCAAGGUGCUUUGUAUUUGUUUGGCUGUGUGGGGUACAUGCUGAGGGAUCAAUUCAAAUCCUCCCUUAUAUUUAGGGCAUAGUCCUAUUUUUUCUGUACUGUAGUAAAUCAGUGGCCACCAGGUGGUGCUGUUUUCUAUUCUGCAAUUUCUUAACCUGCAUCAUUUUCAUAGAGAUUGUAUUUUUUUCUUUAUCAAACAUGUUUCUGUUCUUAAUCAUUUUAAAAUAUAACAUGAAUUUGUUCGUUAGA